GUUUGUGGGUUGCUGCGGGUUGCUUCUGCUGCUGGAGUAAAAAUUGUUUGACAGGGAGGUUAGGCGACCUGUGAGAGGGGAUUACACAAGAGGAGAGAAGUUCUUAGCGUGUCUGUGGCAGUUUCCGAGUCAGCUUGGAGGUAGACUUGAGCGCGACAAAUGAUUUGUACCAGUGUAAGCAACAGGGCACAGAGCGAAAUGUCAGGGACUGUUUCAGUCUUGAGCAGAGGGAAGCGCGACUAGUACACCGCAACGCGGAAAAUAUUCAAGGGGGGUGAGAAUGCGAAUGGUGCGAAGAUACCGAAAUCAAACAAAAUGGAAACGAUGUAGCGUCGCUGCGGCAUUUCAUAUAGCUAGAACUAACGGUAGAGUAGAGAAUAGAUAGCUAAGGAGCUAGCAGGUUAACUAACAUACAUGUAAAGUUAUUCCCCGGAGAAGCAGAGCCCGGAGGCGUCUGUUGAAGCAGAAGAGUUCACCAGUAUCACGAAAUCACAGAAGAUAAAGAAGAAGAUGCUACGGAGAGGACUGAACCGACUGCUUGGUGGCGAUGAGAGAAGAGUGGACAGUCGGACUAUCUACGUUGGUCAUCGCUCAUGUUCAACCAGUGAGGCUUUCAUCCCACCCAAGUUCUGUGAUAACAGGAUCGUGUCCUCCAAGUAUACAGUUUGGAACUUUCUACCAAAGAACCUGUUUGAACAGUUUAGAAGAAUUGCCAAUUUCUACUUCCUUAUCAUCUUCCUGGUGCAGGUGAUAGUGGAUACCCCCACCAGCCCAGUCACCAGUGGCCUACCCUUAUUUUUUGUGAUCACAGUAACCGCUAUUAAGCAGGGAUAUGAGGACUGGCUACGGCACAAAGCUGACAAUGAGGUGAAUAAGUACCCAGUGAUAGUGCUGGAGGACGGCCGCAGGAUACGGAAGGAGAGUGAGAAGAUCAAGGUUGGAGAUGUUGUUGAAGUGGAAGAAGAUGAGACCUUUCCCUGUGAUUUAAUUCUGCUGCAGUCCAGUCGAGAUGACGACACAUGUUUUGUUACCACAGCAAGUCUGGAUGGAGAGUCUAACCACAAAACACACUACACAGUGCCAGACACAGAGAAGGAUCUGGAAUCUCUCAACGCCACCAUAGAGUGUGAACAGCCACAGCCUGACCUUUACAAGUUUGUUGGCCGUAUGCACAUCUACAGAACCAAUCAGGAGCCUGCAGUAAGGUCUUUGGGCCCAGAAAACCUUCUGCUGAAAGGAGCAACUUUAAAAAACACUCAGAAAAUCUAUGGUGUAGCAGUUUACACCGGCAUGGAGACAAAGAUGGCCCUGAACUACCAGGGAAAGUCUCAGAAACGCUCUGUUGUUGAGAAGUCUAUCAAUGCCUUCCUUCUGGUUUACCUUUGCAUAUUGGUGAGCAAGGCCCUGGUGUGCACUACACUGAAGUACGUGUGGCAGGGCAAGCCUGGACAGGACGAGCCAUGGUACAACGAGAAAACCCAGAGAGAGAAGGACACCAAUCUGUACUUAAAGAUGUUCACUGACUUCCUGUCCUUCAUGGUGCUCUUCAACUUCAUCAUCCCCGUGUCUAUGUAUGUGACUGUUGAGAUGCAAAAGUUUCUGGGAUCCUUUUUCAUCACCUGGGACAAGGACUUCUUUGACCCUGAAAUCAAGGAGGGAGCGCUGGUCAACACAUCAGACCUCAACGAGGAGCUGGGACAGGUGGAGUACGUCUUCACAGACAAAACAGGCACCCUCACUCAGAACAACAUGGAGUUCAUUGAGUGCUGCAUCGACGGUUUCCAGUACAAGUACCGGGACGCGAGCUCCGAGCUGGACGGAUUCUGUGUCACAGAUGGACCUGUGAGCAAACUGCAGCAGAAAGCUGGCAGGGAGAGGGAGGAGUUGUUCCUGCGUGCCCUGUGCCUGUGCCACACAGUCCAGGUGAAGGAGUCUACAGAGGAGGGUCAAGGCCAAGGGGAUGGACUCAUAGACCAGGUGGAUGGCUUAGGGGUGGACGGAGGGGUGCUUCAUUCGCCACAGGAGCAGAGGGGCUUUAUAGCAUCUUCACCUGAUGAGGUUGCUCUGGUCAAAGGUGCCAUGAGGUACGGCUUCACAUUUCUGGGUCUUGAAAGUAAAAACAUGAAGAUUCUCAACAGGAACAAUGAUGUAGAAAUGUAUGAGCUCCUCCACGUGUUAAACUUUGACCCUGUAAGAAGGAGAAUGAGUGUAAUAGUCCGAUCCAAAUCAGGUGAUACACUGCUUUUCUGUAAAGGAGCAGACUCUUCCAUCUUUCCCCGCGUCAGACAAGAGGAAGUCGAAAGGAUACGCAUGCAUGUGGAGCGUAAUGCAACAGAGGGCUACAGGACACUCUGUGUGGCCUACAAAUAUCUGAGUGCAGAGGAGUACGCCCAGGCAGAUGCAGGAUUGAGGGAAGCCCGGCUCGCUCUGCAGGACAGAGAGGAGAAGCUCAUGGCUGUUUACAACCAAGUGGAGACUGGCAUGAGUCUGAUAGGAGCGACUGCUGUGGAAGAUCGGCUUCAAGAGGAGGCAGCAGAGACCAUGGAGGCGCUGCAGGGGGCGGGCAUAAAUGUUUGGGUCCUAACAGGGGACAAGAUGGAGACAGCAAAGUCCACCUGUUAUGCUUGUAGAUUGUUCCAGAGAAACACAGAGCUUCUAGAGCUGACUGUGCGUACUCUGGAGGACGGAGGCAGGAGUCGGGAGGAACGACUGCAUGAGCUCCUGCUUGACUACCAUAAGAAAGCUGUGCAGGAUGCUCCACCAGUGAAAGCAGGCGUCACCAGGAGCUGGUCAUCGGCAAACCAGGACUAUGGUUUUAUCAUAGAUGGAGCCACCCUGUCGAUGGUGCUUAACAACUCCUCUGAAUCCAACGAAAGUCGCUACAAGAACUUGUUCCUGCAGAUUUGUCAAAACUGUAGUGCUGUGCUCUGUUGCCGCAUGGCACCUUUACAGAAGGCACAGAUUGUCAAGAUGGUGAAAAACUCCAAAGGCUGCCCGAUCACACUGUCCAUUGGAGACGGUGCCAAUGAUGUCAGCAUGAUUUUGGAAGCUCACGUUGGUAUCGGUAUAAAGGGUAAAGAGGGUCGGCAGGCAGUGAGGAACAGUGACUACGCCAUCCCUAAACUCAAGCACCUCAAGAAACUUUUGUUAGCUCAUGGGCACCUUUACUAUGUUCGCAUUGCACAUCUUGUGCAAUAUUUCUUUUACAAGAACCUUUGCUUCAUCUUACCUCAGUUUUUGUACCAGUUCUUCUGCGGCUAUUCCCAGCAACCCCUGUAUGAUGCGGCCUAUCUGACGAUGUACAACAUCUGCUUCACCUCUAUGCCCAUCCUGGCUUACAGCCUCUUUGAGCAGCACAUGUGCAUUGAGGUUCUGCUGGACAAUGCUACCCUCUACAGAGAGAUUGCCAAGAAUGCCAUGUUGCGGUGGGGACCGUUCCUUUACUGGACUGUACUUGGAGUCUUCCAUGGCUUGCUCUUCUUCUUUGGUGUCCGAUAUUUGUUCAGCAAUCCUGCACUGCAGGAUAAUGGCCAGGUUUUUGGCAACUGGUCGUAUGGAACAAUUGUCUUCACCGUUCUAGUCUUCACUGUUACACUAAAGCUUGCACUGGACACACGGCACUGGACGUGGAUCAACCAUUUUGUAAUCUGGGGCUCCUUGGCUUUCUACGUGUUUUUCAGCUUCUUCUGGGGAGGAAUAAUAUGGCCUUUCCUGAGGCAGCAGCGUUUGUACUUUGUGUUUGCCAACAUGCUGAGCUCCGUGUCAGCAUGGCUGGUCAUCAUCUUGCUCAUCCUCGUCAGCCUACUGCCAGAGAUCCUGCUUGUGGUGUUCCGCAAGCCCCGAGGGCCCCACGCUCGACAGAAGAAGCCGGUUCAGUCGAGCGCCGGGAGCCCCCAGACUCCCCGGUCUUCAGCCAGGCCUCUGCUCAUGAGAACCUUUUCAGAUGAGUCCAAUACUGUCAUUUAAACAGCUGUCAGAGAACGGCCUCCUCCAAACGUCCAGAUUGCGCCUGUCACACCACUAUCCUACAAGCAUCUAAAGGAUGGCGACUGAAAGGCAGCAAGGACUCAGAACAACAGCGGCAUCAGAUGCUUUCCGUGCCAGUCGGGUUAGAGCUGUCUGCCACCAUGCCUGAUUGGAGAAGAAGAAGAGGAAGAGGAAAAAAUAAGAGGAAAAAGAGAGAUAUUCUGACUGAGGGGGGAGGGAUGAAAAUGGGUUUGGCAGUCUUUUUGACUUGCUCCGUCCUUCUCCGUCUAAUCCCAACAACCCCUCCCCAUCCGCAUGCCUGCAGAGCUGUGCCCUGUGUUAUUUUUUUUAUAGAUAUCUACUCAGAAGACAGGCAUGGGUUUUCUUUCUUUUACUUCUUCUUUUCUUUUUAAUACAAGCUUGAAAUGAAUGCAAACACGGCUGCCUUGUCAGUAGCUCUGCCCAACUGCUGUGUUUUAACAGGCGGUUGUUAAUUUCCACUCCAAGAAUGGUUCACCUGCAUGAAUGAAGAAUGAAGGCUCAGAGGAAUGGCUUCACUCCACUGAGGUUCAGUUACUUUUCUGCAAAGUUUUUCUUAACUCCCAUUCUUAAUAGUUACACUUCAAAACACUGUUUUACUUUAUUACACAUGUCAAGAGCUAUUCUCUAAAUUAGUGGUUCCCAACCUUUUUCCUUAGGGCCCCCCACACACACACUUGAAAAUUAAACAUCAAUUUUAAUGGUUUUUAUUGACAAAAUCCCAACAUAAUAGGCCCAAAUAAACUUGUUCUUGGUUAAAGAUUUAUGUCAGGUGUGUCCGAACUGUCCAAAGGUUAAGAUAUGCUUAGUGAUUGUGUAUGGGUAGGGAAUAGCUGACAAGGCAAAUAGCCAGUCAUUUUAAGGAUUUUCGGGAGGCCAGUUAGAUUUCAGGUGGCCCUGCUUGGCCCUGGAUCUGCCUCUGCAGUGCUACUUUCUGCCAUGAUCCAUUAGGGCAUUAUAAAUCAAUCAUUGUUCAUAUUUUGGUUUAAAAUAUGCUUACCAUUUACAGUGUUGUCUCAGUUAAGUCUCAGAAAACAAUGAAUAAAUUCUUCUUGUCAAAUUGUUUGUUUACAGAAUUAACAUGGUAGCACGGCCUUGUGCUGAAACUAUAAAGUACAAUAUAGUCAAGCACAAGCUUCAUGUUCUAAUGUGGGCCAUAUUUCAUUUUAUCUUCUGGACCUGCUGUGGGCCAAUCAAAAAUAGCCUGCAGGCCAUACUUGGCCCCUGGGCCAUAGUUUGUACACCCCUGAAAUAUGUAUAAACUGCCCAUUAUUAAAACAGUUCAUUAGUCCCUCUCUAGAAAAAAAUAAAGAAGAUCUGUUGAUUUUUAAAGAAAAAAACUCACAAUUCUCAAGUUUAAAAUGACAUUAAUUACAAAGAAAUUCCUCAUUUUUGAGGGUUUUUUGUGUCAAAAUUCAAGACUUUUUAAGAUCUGAAAUUUUACUUAUUUUUCUUGUAAAUUUCCAACUUUUUUAACUCUGGAGCUCUGAGUUUGAUUUCUGGUAAAUAUAUAACCUUAUAAUCUUUUUUUAAAUGUUGACUUUUUUUUGCACAAAAAACAGAUUCCCUUUAUUUUUCAUCUUUUCAGUUGGCCCUAAUAAAUUAUGUUUCUUAUUGUGGUUUUAAAAAGUAUAUAUAUGUACAUCUAAUUUUGACAUUGGAACAGACUGGGUCUUGCAUCCCCCCCUGAGAUCUUUAGCUGCCCCUUGUAUGGAUGCACACAGUUAAAUGGUUAAAUUUGUUUAUCAAAUUAGCUGGCAUGAGAUUUACAAGAUGGUUAAACUAAUUACCUGUAGUUUUUUAUAAACACAAGCUUGAAAUCCCAGUCUGUAAUGCUCUUUUAAACUUUAAUGAACCUCCUGCCACUAGAGGCCACUGAAGCUUCAGUUAAUAGCUGCUGCCUUCUUGUCUGAGCUGCCCGUGGCACUUUACUGGAUGGAAAUAUGAGUAGCUCAGCAGUUACCGUGUGGUUUGAACAGCGUAGUAUGACAGUUUUUUUUAGUAGUAAAUGUAAAUAAAGUUGUAGGGUUGAACUCACAGAAACUACUCACCUGAAGUGGAAAGAGGCCACAUAUCAAAGCAAAAUUAAUCUGCAGAGAGGAAUAAAGGCUUGUGGAGCUAGCUGCCAGUGGUGGGUAGAGUACACAGUUACAGUACUCAAGUAAAAGUACUUUUACUUAACAAUAAUUAUUACUCAAGUAGAAGUAAAAGUACUCAUAACAGUAAGUAGUUGAGUAAGAGUAAAUGAGUACCUCAUUAAAAAACUACUCAAGUAGUGAGUAGCUUCAUGAUUAACUUCAUUUUGUGCAAUUUAUUAAAAUGUAUUGCAUUACAACAUAUUAUUCAGGGGUAGUAAUGUAAACUGCACAUUGUCAUAAAUAAAG